AUGGUGAAUUUCGUCAUUGUGCCGUCACCAACCAAUGAUGCCUCGAUGAAAUCCGAUAUCAUGCAAGUCCACUAUUACAUUGGUGAGGGCUUUACCUAAUAAUCUACUGACCGGGAAUAAUGAUCUUGAUUGUUCACACCGGGAAUUGGGUCUUCGUUGACCAUUUAACUCUCCUCGUCGCGUCGACAGGUACGAUUUGAAUCAGGUGAAACCAAAAACCCUUCUAGCAAUAAACUGACUUAUUCCAACUUGUUUCUAGAAUGUGGGAUUCAUGCGGACCCGUAAGGAACCAGUUUAAUGCGGCUGGUGAUUGACUUGAUCCUUUAGAAUAACCAAAAUAGAAUAGCUCUGACAGUUUAUUGCCUGUUUAGUUAACUCCUGUACAAAUAAUUUUCACUGUUAUUCAUUAGAGUUUGGUCAUCCCUUGCGGCUCAGAUUCAUCUGACUUCAUUUUUUAGUUAAAAUAACACAGACUGCAGGCUGAAGUUGUCUCCAAUAGCGAAUUUUUUCAAGUUCUACUGGUGGUUCCACGCUCCCAGUUAUAGUUUACUAAAGCGCGAUGAUUAGUACAUCAAUUACUGAGAAAAUGGGAUAGGCCUUUAAACUUUCAAAGCGAUGCCCCUUUCGAUUUUGCCCUCAAUGGAAGCGGGAGACACAGCGGUCAGGGCUUUUUGGUUUAUUUUACAAGCAAAAUGUUAGUAGAACUUUUUAAAACAUUUAAUUGGCUCUUCAGAAAAGUGGAAAGUUUCGGUUUAUCUAACCUGAUGACUUCAUCGUCUUCACUUUUCACCGUCGCCCACUUUUAUGUGUCCUUCUCUCAGUUUUUCAUAUUUUUUCCUUUCCUUCCCUGAAUCGUUUGUUUCGAAAUUAUUCUUUUUGGCAACGGUAUAGAGAAGGACCCCAAUUAACUGUCAGUAGACUGUGGAUCGUGCCAUAGGUGAUUUAUACUAAAUGGAGUUUUAUGGUUGGGACAGCAGGCUAGACAGUAAGCUAAAAAAAUGAAAGAAAGCACAAAAACUGCCUGGAUUUAUGCCAAAAGUCUUGUCCUACACUAUUGUAAGACAACGAAAAUGAAAGUAGUAAUUAAACGUACAACAAAAAGGAAGUUUCACAAAAUAACGGAUUUUGAGUAACCAUCGUUGGCAGUGUAAUUUUUGCAACAGCAUACAAAUGUAUGCCAAGAUAAAUCCUCAUAUGACGUGAUCUAGUCUACGGACAAUUAAGUGGUGUCCCUCUCUUAACUGUUGCCUUCUUUUUUACUCCAUAUUUUCUCUGACCAUGAAAUAAAACUAGGGAAUUAGAAGCGUUUCCCACAAACCCCCAAUGGUAAAACUGACUGACUGUCCAUGCAAUGCUGGCAUUGUUAAAUCGGCAAGAAAAAAAAGGAAUUCUAAAAUGUGCCCUGGAAAAGACAUGCUUACGACAACCGUCAGAGCAACUAAUUCACGCAUGCUGAGAAGUUGAAGGCAAUGUGACGGUCUCUGUCCAAGGGAUUAGGUACCGGUGCUACUAUAGAGUGAUUCCUAUUUGCAUUUUGUACUUUCACUUCGACAUGCCCUUUAAAGUGUUAUUAAGAGAGUUUUAUACUGAGGUGUUGCGCAGUGAAGAGGCGGCGUCACGACAUCGCCUCCGACAGAGUCUUUUAAUGCAGAAAAAAUCUUUCCGCAAGUGCACUGGGCUGACGAAGUUCACGAAAAAAGAAGGUCCGUGGACAGGAUGUGACGGUAUGGAAGGGCAGAAGCAAGGGUUGCCAGUCUGUUCGACCAGUAACAAAGUGGUACGAAUUCUUCCAUUGUUGGUGAUUUGGACGGAAGACUCCACUGUAAUUUGAAGCUCAGUUAAAUUUUAGGACUAUUGUAUCUCUGGAGCAAUGGAAGGCCACUGGAAGAAGUGUCAAAGCCUACUGGCAGAUGCCCAAAUACCGUGGCGGAAAGUCUUCUCUAAAGUGGUUUCUGUCGCUAGGAGAGGAAAUUUGACUGAAACACCAGAAAACCAGUUUUGAAGGGCGCCCUAAGCACAAUUGUGGCCGUCUUUUAGGUGAAGAUGCACCUGCCGAAAAAAAAACAGUAGCGGUCCAGUGCAGAAUUGUUGAAGACACGACUUACGCGCUUAUGGUCCGUGGAUCUUUAGAUUGUGUCAGGAUACCGAUGGUAGGUGCAUUUACGUACACCUGCAAGAUGCAGCGACGUCGAUCCCUAUCACUGAACGCGAAGUAGAGGCAGGUUCAACAAUGCAUUCUGACGAAUGACCAUCUUACUGGCAAAUUAAUGUGGCUGGGUAAGAUCACAAAACAGUCAAUCACCAGGACAAGUUGAUCCAUGUACGGCGUGCUCACCCAGCAAAUCGAGAGAACCUGGUCAGUCAGCAAGACUAAAACUUUGACGAAAAAGUGCGGCUGCUAACGUGUUUUGAAAGGAGAUGAUGACCACUCUAUGGCAAUCCUACGAGAAAUUAAAGAAGUAUAUGUUGUUUAAUUACUGUUACUUAAUGCGGACUUAAUUUUUGGAAUAAAGACGACAUAGUUAAAAUCUGAUUCCGAUUUCUGACUAGUACAGUGAAUGACCGGUCUCAUGAAAUGUUGGCUGAAAUUCGGAAAUGCGUUUUGAAUUAGGAAGGACUACUUACAUGCGGUUGUAAUAAUGAGUUUCUUGCGGCAUAGCCCUAUUAUAUUUCGGACCCGGCAGGAUUUCAGCAUUUAGCUGCACUUCUUUGCACUCUCCUGUCAAAACCGUACUCAUUAAAAUAUGACUUCUCAAGCAACAUGCAUUUUUCACAUUGAUUUUCGAGGUCUUCCAUAUUCAGAUAUAUCUUAUAGAAACCAUGAACCAAACAUGCUUUCUUUCAGUCGGUUGAUAUAGAACCACGUUAUCUUUAUAUUUUAUAUUCGACGAAGGUGUACAGUGAGGUAUUAAAAAAUUUCUAAUUAUAAGGUUUUUAAAACUGUACAACGUCCAUUCAUACAGCAUCGUGCCUGUCCAUUUACCGCUGCUUCUCAAGAAAUGUACAACAUGGCCCGCAUCCAUUGCAAAAUUUUAUGGACUCUUUAUGGUAUCUUUAUAAAGACAUAAAUGAAUACGAGAUCGUCUUUACGCGGAAAGCAUGCACCUUGUAGACUAAAAGUACUAAGCGCUAAUGCAACGGCAGAUCAAGUUCCAAAUUAUUCGGGAAAUGUAAAACUUUUUUGAAACCUAAUUAUACUUCUUCGUCGAGUAUAAAAGAUAAAGAUGACGCGAUUCUCUAUCAAAUGACUGAAAGAAACCCUAUUUUCGUUCCCUGUUUCUAUAAAAUAUAUUCGAGUUUGCAAGACCAUCGAAAAUCAAUGUAAAAAAUGUCUGUUGCUUGAGUAGUCAUUUUUACUGAGUAAGGUUUCUACAGGAGAUUGAAAAGCAGUGCACUUAAAAGCUGACAUCCUGCCGCGACCGAAAUAUAAUAGGGCUAUGCCGCAAGAUAGUCAGUAUAACAACCGCGACCAAGUAAUCCUUCCCAAUCACAAACGCAUUUCAGAAUUUCAGCCAACAUUUCAUGAGAUCGGUCGCUCACUGUAUCUACUAAGCCAGGAAUCGCGCUACAAUGUCCUAGGCUACUGUUGGGAGUUAAUGUCUCAGCUUUUCAGUGAUGGCGUUUUGGUUGAUCUCAACGUUUUCUUUCCUGUUUUUUCUUUGUGAAAUUUAGGCCAUGGUAUUUCUGAGGAGGACAAACUUCUCUCCAGAAAAGACAAGAACGCCGUCGACUUUGUUCUCAAUUACAGCAAGCUGUGGUGCAAAUGUCUGAAGGAUCUCGUCGUCAGUCUGGAGAAGAGGGCGCUCUACGGUUAGUGGAGCAUUGAAACCUUGUUUGCCUCCUUAGCACCCCUCUCUGCCCCCCCCCCCAUGAAGAUAAUUGACAAAACUGGCGCCCAAAGAAACGACGAUUUUGCAUCGGACCUCCAAUCGGGCCAAGUGCCCUGUUAACGGACAUGCGUCCGAGCGCGGUCUGGGCUGUGGCGGGUGAACUACUAGCACGUGUGUGCAUGUGGUGUGUGUGUGGCGGCAAAAUGCGGGCACAAACUGCCCUGUCAGCCCCCCGAACCCACCUCCACACAUCUUGACCUUGACGCGCGUGCAACUAGAAGGCGUGGUUGGCGUUGGGCAAGCCCCAUUCCCCCCUUCCCCGGCACCAUUCAAUCCACCUGCGUUACACCACACUGCAUCCCCCCGGCAGUGCUGAUCCCUUUUCCCUUACACUCCGACGGACAGGAAGAAGUAAAAAGUAGGGGAAAUCUGUGCAUGACCGUACAAAGUUAGAAACCAUUUCGGAAUGCCACUUUGUUUGAAUAGAAAACAAAGACCUGUAAAAAAAAUCCCCUAAGGAGCAAGAGGUCGCACCUCUGGCGCGAGCAAGGUGAACGACUGUCUCUCACGUUUGUUUUACAGUCCCACUAGGAGUACAAUUGAAUGGGUUUGUAGUCGGCAGUAAAACGCCAACUGAUAUUUUUGCCGGCAACAAUAAAGUGUAGGACGUCCAACUUACUUGAGAUAGCCUGUGGACCGUGUAAUGCCUUGAGUGGUGCUAGAGGAUAUUCUACGGGUGGAACAGCACACAAGACGGGGAGCAAGAAGACACAGUAAAUGCAUAAAUUUCUGCCGAGAGGCCUAUUGUACGCUGUCAUUUGGCAAAGAAAGUGCGCACGAUAAUUAGAAAAUGAGCAAAAAGCAAUUUUCAGAGAGUAGCGGACAUUGAAUAAGGCGUCGCUUGUAAGUUUACAUUUAGUCAGGAAGGGAUGGAAAUUUCACACUAUGGGAACGGCGAAUAAUAGAAGAUGUUUACAGUUACAUCAAAUGUUAAAGUAUAUUUUUGGAGUUUCCAUCUACUUGGGGUCUCACACACUAUCGUUAACACUCUUCCACACUACUUAAGCGUCUGUACUUAAAUGAGGUCCUAGCAGGCUACUUUUAUAUUCUAGUCGCAAUAUUUCUCCCUGUCCCAUAAAUCAAUACAUUUUUCAAACCUCCCUUUGGUCAAACUGACAAUAGUAAACAUGAACAUAUUUGCUUAAAAUGUAAGGGCAAUAAAUGCAUGCAGAAAUAAACUCUGGAAAACUAGAAGUAGGAAGAGAAUUUGGUCACAUGUCCCAUGUUUGAAGAACGUUUUCUCGCGUGAAGAGGUCAGCUCUAAAAAACAAUGACAUAUCUCCUUAGAACUCCCAUCAAUGAAGAGGCCGACUGAAGGAACAUAACGAAUCUUCAGACCGGAAGAUACGUGAAUUAGCUUGCGUUUAUGGACACUCAAAAUGCUCUUCGAAUGGGUCACCGAGUACGUUCUAGUGCAAAGUAAGACGUCGGGAGGUCAAGCUGCACAAAUUCCUGAAAGAAAAGGGAAAUUAUUUAAGUAGACAACCCUAGCACCCUAUCGCGAGGCGGUUAAAAUGACCGACCACACCUGAAAAGCUGAGAGACAGUCUGCUUUGCAGACACACAAACGACUUCUCCAGUUUACAUAAAACAUGUAAUUAUAACAUUUAUCGGGCGGGAGCAUGUUUUCAAUUAAACCAUGAAAACAUGAAACAGGCGUAAAGACUCCCCGUUAUAGGCAUUAUUGCUCUGUUUGAAGGUGUGCAUUUUAAAGCCGAACAAAGUGAAUUCAUCGCUGUCUAGGACUCACUUAUCAGGAAGGUGGUAUUUUUUAAGAUGGUGGUCAGGUUGCCUGGUUAUUCGUGUUGCAACUCAGAUAACGCGCACAUAAUUGUCCUCUCGUUAGUGUGUACUAUAUGACUUUAUUAAAUUGUAAUUUUAAAAAAUGCAGAUACCAAGCGGAAUUAUCGUUUUUUGCCACCGACUCUCUUCUCUGUUGUCCUGAAUCCCGUUAACUUACUGCCCGCGUGAUGCCGCACCCGUAAACCCCCCUUACCACCAUUACUGUGUGGCACGAUCCACAGUCUACCGACGGUUAGCUGGAGUCCUUCAUCCUACCGUCGCCACCAAGCGUAGCCCAAAAUUUUAUCAACCAAAUAAUCGAGUAUCUUAGAGUCCGACGGCUGGAGAUAUUAGUUUAAAAAAACUGAGAACCAGAGAAGGCAGACAACUCUAAAAAUUUUACCUCGAUGUGCAAAUGGACGGCUGAUCUCACAGAUUUGUAUGGGCUGUCCCACAUUGGAGUAUUCCUAACCACUACUUCUAAAUCAUAUCGUCAGUCUAAAACAAUAGUUUGGCUGCGAGAACAGGGCAAACAUUUACUGUCUAGUACGAAAUAUAAUUCUGUGCUAGCCUACUGUUCAAAAUUAUAAGGACAUAUUACUAAGAAUACGGGAAAGUAGUGGAUUAGUUGCGUUAACAGCAAGCGCAAUGGCUUUCCAAAGGUCGGACUCCAGUUCCUACGCCGAAAUCAGACCCAUACCCGAGAAAGCCUUGCUGUGUGUUUAGGCAUACUUCACUCCGAACUACUAUAAUCGGGACAGAUAGUAACAGCACAUCAACCGAUGGCCGUUGGACAUCGAGAGCUUACCAAUAGAAAAAUAUCAUUCAGCUGCAUGGCGGCGUGAUUCCACAUUCAGUCCGAGAGACCCAGAACAAGAGCCAAGAUUUCGGCUGGGAAUUUCUUCCCCAUCCACUCUAUUUACCGGACUAUGCGCCAGUUGAUAAUUAUCUGUGUACAUGUUCGUAGCACCUCCUGAGCACGAAAACUAUUUAAAAUAUCGAUAAACUUACAAGCUUGAUUCUCGAAAUUCGUCUUCACCACAACAAACUUCUAUUAAUCACGAAUAAAUUUUAAAAAAUUGUUUCAAGAUGGGCAACAGUGGUCGAUAGUGAUGAAACGCUUUCCGGGAAAUACUUGUCUUAUCAUUGUUUAAACAAAGAUGCUGCUUUCCGAUACCCCUUGCAUUGUUUGAAAGGUACCAGUGUGCUAAAAGGAUAGAACUGACUGGACUAGCCUGAUGUCUUAUGAAAGUCCGUUGGACAAAUCAGUAAAAGGUUGGCAGGGUGAAAAGUGAAUUAGCGCCUAUUUCCACGCAAACAGAGGUAAAAGUCAUGUCUGAAAGGAUUUGCAGUUUCGAGUCUACCGCCUGUCAGGACGUCUUGGUUGAGACAAAUCCUGGGAGAAGGGGAUGGCCCGCAUAUCCAGUUUGUUUUUGCCGUCACAGAGACUUGCGCUGAGCAUAAGGUAAAUACAGAUUAAGUCUUAAGUACCUAUCUGAUUAAGACGUUCUGAGCUCCCUGCGAUCGGCUUGGAGAUUGAACUACACUGCUGAGAGUUUAGACCUGCAAUGUUGUCCUAUUGGUCGUGGUUCCUUUCCGCCAUUUUGGCGGAAUAUCAAGUACCUCUCUCCAAGACAGCAUCACUGCUUCGUCGAUCUUAUUGGAGACGGCGUAGCCCAGUGCUACUUCUGCUACUACUCUUAAUGCCGCUCUCAUGUACAACUGCGGUUUUAACCUGAACUGGGAACUGAUAGUCUUGGCCUUUGCAAUCUGAAAAAGACCGAGGCAACCUUGCUUACAACAUGUGUGUUUUGUGUUUUUCGCAGAGAACGAGUGUAUGCGGGCGGUCUGCAAGCUUUUUCAGGGUUUGGAGUCCGGAUUCACGAGCACGGUGAGCCAUCCUUAGUCUGACUCAUGACUGUUUAUCCUUAGAAUGGAGCACCACUCUGCGAGGAGACUCUUCAGCUGAGUCGGAUGGUGAGUGUCGACAUGGGGCCAGUCACCUUUUUUAACAUCUUCUAUACGGUUAAAUGUUCCCCCUCUAUGAUGACUUAUGUCAUGGUAGUAGCAAGAUAAGCGUACGUGCACGCAAUAUGUACAAACUGUCGCCUGACAUACUUACCAAACCAGUAGAUUUGACGAAACCUUCCUUUAGUGUGUCUUACAGCACUGUGCACAUUAAAGUGCGUCUGACAGUCCAUUCCGAAUUUUUGGAAAAUUUCAGGAUAGAAGGAUUGAAGCGGCAAAGCAACGUCCAUAGAGAUCUCAAGCCGCACUGUACACUCUAGGCAUCCAAGUCCCUGUUCCAGAAAAAUUCCUACAACUUUCACACAGACUGCAUCUCAAAGACAAAUCAUUAGAUAAGAGAGAAUUGUCCUGAAUUUGAUACUUUUUAAGGUGUAGAUGGUGUUUGCUAGUAUUUGGUGGAGAAUAAUGAUAUCUCAACUCCGUGAAGUUACGAUACUACUGCCCGCUUGUCAGUGGACUCAAACACUAGUAUUAGACGAAAAAUUGGGGUGACAUUUCGAAAGAUGAUAUUUUCACAUCGUAUCUGCACGUCUCAUU